AUGGAAUUUCAAUAAUAACAAUUCGAUGUCGAAUUUGUUCACGGCAAAAGACAUCAAAAUGGCUUUGAAUACUAUAUUAAAUGGGUGGGUUAUUCAAAAUAAGAAUCAACUUGGGAACCUGAAACUGCCUUUGAGGGAAUUUCGAAUUAAUUGAUCACCAGAUUUGAAAGAUGCCAAAAUUAUAAAAUUUAUCAUACUAAAAUUUACAAAGCAAAUAGUCAUAUUAAAAUUAGAGUUCACAUCAUGCACAAAGGUUGUCAAGUUUAUAAGAAAUACACAUCUGGAAACAAAUAUGCUCUCCUAAACCAAACUAAUAAACUGUUUGAGGAAACUAACUAUUACAAAAAUUACGAUAGCAUUUCGAUUCAAACACAUUUUAUAGAUAGAAAUGAUGACAAAGAAGAUUAUGACUUUUACAUAAGAAGAGGCAGAGGGCGACCAAGAAAGAGUGAAACUGAUAGAGAGUUCCUUUCUUAUAAGAGUGACUACAAAAUAGAAUCACAAAAGUAUUUACAAAAAUAGUAUCCAUCGCAAAAUACAGAGUGCAGCUUUAAAUAUGGCCAUUACAAAACAGAAAAAGAAUUCAUUCAAGAAAUGCUAACAGUAAUUAGGAAGAAGGAAUAGAAGAAAAGGAGAGAUGAUGAAGUCAUUAUUUACAAACCAUAAGCUUCCUUGCCUCCUGGAUAUAAGAGUCAAUACACAGAUUUACCAAAGUUUAAUUUACUCAAUCAAAAAUAUUACGAUAAGAAUUCUAAGUGUUAGGUAAGUGAUGGCAAAAUUCGAUUAGAAUGCAUUAACUCUCAUCAUCUUAUGUAAAACAAAUAGCUUGUAUUCAAAUGCAAGGAUAAUGAUGAAUAGGUUUGCUAUUUCGAUUUUGAUACUCUUAAAUCUUAUUAUCCUACCUUACUCCUUGAUUAUUUAUCCAUAUUCUCCAUCUGGAAACAAUGA